UAGGUGGAUUUCAUUGGGAAAAGCUGCAUUGUGCUGUCAUAGCAACUGUGGUGUCAAGUGGCUGUAACAAAGAAUGACGUCUGGGAACCCAGGAAAGCAUGCGUGCAUGGUGAUGUUGGGGGCUUCUCAAUCACUGUGGAGUGGAGUAGGUCUCAGAUGGGAAAAAUCAGUUCAGUCGGCCUUCUGGGAGGCAUUUGCCUUUGACUCUGUUGAGCUGACGUUUGUAGCAAAGAUUGGUCUUUGGGAAAGAAGGGUGCAUGCACUAUUAGCUUGUAAAUCAAACAAGCUUCUGCAGCUGAUCUCUAAGAGGAUCUGGAUUUGGUGAGAGGAUCCUGUUGUGUGUGCAGACAGACGUCAGUGGGGAGUAGGUUAAGCCUGGUUAGAUAAUAGGGAAAUAAAGGGGCAUAGUGGGGUGAGAUGCUGGGGGAGGAGUUAAGAAAGCUGUAGUAUGGCCAAGCUUGUGGGAGCUGAAGUUGGGGAGAAUACUAAACAUUGCUUAAUAGAUCAUGACUUGCUUUUGUAAAUUCCUCAGAUUAAACCCCAGAUUAAAUAAUCCCAGUCCAUGUAACUGGCUUGCUACUCCAUUAUCAGCUUGUAAAGACACAUUUUAAAAUUUCACCCUAAUGAACAAAAUUCUGUUGAAAGGUCUUAAUUGAUUUUUGGACACUAGGAUGUGGGGGAGAGAAUGUUUGAACUAGUUUUUAAACUGGUUCUGGCAUAUAGUUUGUCUGGCCAGUGUGACCAGAGCAUAAUCAUUUGCAAACUAUUGCUCUAGCAAGGUAAACUGUUUGCUAAACUGGUUUAAACUAGUCCAGCAACUGAACUUUCUUUCCCCUAGAACAGACAGAUCAUAGUGCUUUGGAAAGCUGUAAAUUGAAUAUUGAUUCUUGCACUCAUCUCUCAUCUGGUAGCCUUUCUAUGGCAGAUUUUAGGGACAGGGACUCGACUGUAACUUCCUGUUAAAUUAAACUAUGUUCUAAUAAUGCAAAGGAUUAUGGGAAGCAAUUAAUAGCCCUCUAACUGAUUAUAGAACGCUCAGCCUGGUGUGUAGGUUUUUUUGUUUUCUCUAUCUGUAUACAGCAAUGCCAGGGAAUAUUUAGUGCCACACACCGAAGUGCUAAGUGUUUAGAAGCCUGUAGUCAUAUCUGUGCUCAGUAAGGGGUCCUCACCACACAUCCCAUUUGUCAGCCUGACCAACCCUAUACUGUUCCAUGCAACAGUGAUGAAAACAUUAAGUGGCUUAAUAAUAGAUGGAAGAACCAGGGGAAAACACUGUGUCCACCCAGACCAUUUUGCAGUGUAAGCUGUAACUGGACAAAAUGUGUUUUUCAUGUUUUCCCAUCUAUAAUUAACCAUUUACUAUGUAAGCAUGCGAGCGUACAUUUACUGCUCCAUAGAUGGCUAGUUAGAUUUUAAUUUGUCUCAAAAUUAGACACGGAAGUUUUCCAAGACUGAAUCUGAAGUGUAUAUUCCACCUUAGCCUGCUUUUGACUGACUUCCUGCAAGUCUGUCACAGUGGCAUACAUCUCUCGGCCACCUUUUUUCAGAACAGGGCUGCAGCAUUGAUCUGUUUGGGCAUACAGGGAAUACUCCCUCAUGGCUGACAUCACCCAAGCUCUAAUUAUAACCAGAGAGCUAAUUAUCCUCUGUUAUGCCACAGCCUUCUUUAAACAUGGGACUUUUGGGGUCUUGUAGCUGGAGAUCUUGAAUGUGGGGUGAAGGCAGUGGGUGUAUGGAGUAUACUGUGUCCCACGCAUCUUUUAGAGGAAGUAAGAAAAUCAUAGGAAUAUUGCUUGCGGGGUGAGGGGAAAUUCAGUCCCUUCAAUCCUAGCAUUAGUGUCUAUGGUAUUGACCAAAGGCCACAAUCGGGAUUAGAUGACAUUGUGCUGUGUGCUGGGAAGAGAUGAUUCCUGCCCCAAAGAGUCCAGUCUAAUCUAAGCUUCUCCGUUCCCCAGCGAGCAUUACAAAUGGGGAAGGGAGAAGCUUCUCCUGGAUUUCUUGCAGCUCUCCCUCUACACACUUAAACAUUUAUUGCAGCCUCAGUGCUUUGGGUGCUGCAUGUGACUGUGCUGUCUGCAUCCCAGUUUGGUUGAGGAGGGAGAAAGGGAUUAAGUGAGGGGGACAGAGAAGAGUUAACUCUGCUGAUAAGAGUGUGACGUGGGCCUCUUGGGCUUUACGGAGAGCCUGGAGUUGAGCAAUUGGAGGCAGCUCACAUGCCUUGUCACAAAGCCAGUGUCUGGUUGGCUAGCUGGGAGCUAUUGCACAAAGAAGGCUUCCCGUUUAAGCAGAAGGGCAGGGCUUGAACAGCCAAUGACAGCUGAGCAUGGACAGCUCAUAGCCAUGUGUCAUGAGACUUGCCGGCAUUUCCUUUCUCCCAUGCACUGAAACUAGCUCCAGCAGGGGAUCGCUCAGGUCACUUCCCGUCCUUGUUUGGCCGUGUAGGUCAGCACCUAAGUUGCUGGUACAGAAACAUGCUCUGCUUGUGUCUGUAUGUGCCAGUGUUCGGGGAGUCCCAGACAGAGUUCCAAUACUUUGAGUCAAAGGGGCUCCCUGCCCAGCUCAAAUCUAUCUUCCGCCUGAGCCUUUUCAUUCCUUCCCAGGAAUUCUCUACCUACCGCCAGUGGAAACAGAAAAUUGUGAAAGCUGGAGACAAGGACCUGGAUGGGCAGCUGGACUUUGAGGAGUUUGUUCACUAUCUCCAAGAUCAUGAGAAAAAACUGAGGCUGGUCUUCAAGAGUUUGGAUAAAAAGAAUGAUGGCCGUAUCGAUGCCCAGGAGAUCAUGCAAUCCCUUCGGGACCUGGGAGUCAAGAUCUCCGAACAGCAGGCCGAGAAGAUCCUCAAGAGCAUGGAUAAAAAUGGAACUAUGACAAUUGACUGGAACGAGUGGCGAGACUAUCACCUGCUGCACCCAGUGGAGAACAUUCCUGAGAUCAUCUUAUACUGGAAGCACUCCACGAUCUUUGAUGUGGGAGAGAAUCUGACAGUCCCAGAUGAGUUCACAGUGGAAGAGAGGCAGACGGGCAUGUGGUGGAGACAUCUGGUCGCGGGUGGAGGUGCAGGUGCAGUGUCCAGAACCUGCACGGCUCCAUUGGACCGACUAAAAGUGCUCAUGCAGGUCCAUGCCUCCCGCAGUAACAACAUGUGCAUCGUUGGUGGCUUUACCCAUAUGAUCCGAGAGGGCGGGCCCAAGUCGCUGUGGCGGGGGAAUGGCAUCAACGUCCUGAAAAUUGCGCCAGAGUCUGCCAUCAAAUUCAUGGCUUAUGAGCAGAUCAAGCGGUUCAUUGGCACUGACCAGGAAAUGCUGGGAAUUCACGAGCGGCUAGUGGCUGGUUCUCUGGCAGGAGUCAUUGCCCAGAGCAGCAUUUAUCCAAUGGAGGUUCUGAAGACCCGAAUGGCCUUGCGGAAGACAGGACAAUAUUCAGGCAUGCUGGACUGCGCCAAGAACAUCCUCUCCAAGGAGGGAAUGGCUGCCUUCUACAAAGGCUACAUCCCCAACAUGCUAGGAAUCAUUCCAUAUGCUGGUAUUGACCUGGCAGUCUAUGAGACAUUAAAAAAUACCUGGUUACAACGCUAUGCUGUGAACAGUGCUGACCCUGGAGUUUUUGUUCUCCUGGCUUGUGGCACCAUCUCCAGCACCUGUGGGCAGCUGGCCAGUUAUCCCCUGGCUCUUGUGAGAACACGCAUGCAGGCUCAAGCUUCAGUGGAGGGAGCUCCAGAGGUGACAAUGAGGGGACUCUUCAAACACAUUCUAAAGACAGAGGGAGCAUUUGGCCUCUAUCGGGGUCUGGCCCCGAACUUCAUGAAGGUGAUCCCAGCCGUAAGCAUCAGCUACGUGGUUUAUGAGAACUUGAAGAUGACCCUGGGGGUGCAGUCACGGUGACCAGGAGACGACAAGGAUUCUGAACUCUGAAAUCUUGGGCUGUAAUCCUGGGGUGUAUAGCCAUCUCUCAUUCUGUGAAUGUGUCGACACUAAGCUGACUAAGCAAAGCUAUGAAAACCCAGUUGUUUGUGAGUUGGGAUGGAGAGGAUUUGGUGUCCUCUGCCAUCUUGCUACUCGAGCUCUGCUUAAACCAUCAAGUGGUCCUUCAAGCAUACAAGGGACCAAUUGGGAGACCAGGGGAUCAACUCCUGGUUCCGUCUCAAGCUGCGAGUUUGAGGUCAGUUUCCAGCAGCCUAGUAGAGUGGGGAUCUUGCAUGUAGAAACAGAGCUGCUGGCUUGGAGAUUUGUAGCAGCUUUUGACAUGCUGAAGGAGUUUUUUUCCAUUGUUUAGCCUCCUACCUGUUUAAAAUUGUACAAACUUUGUGUUGGUGCUGCCACCACACAGACUAAUUUAUUAUGUUUACAUGUAUUUCUUUGGGUAGGAGACAUCCAUGUUCUGCUUCCAAGACUCUGACAUGGAAAUGUAACUUUAAACUACCAGUUUUGGGGGCUGGUAAGCAGUGGUUCUUCAGCUCAGGCUGAAGGUUACUUAGGCCUGCCUGGUGGCGAAUUAGGAUUAUUUAUUUUUAUAGGGCAGAUCAAGUCUCUCUCAUAAACCUGCUAACAAGAUGCACUUACUAACAGAAGCAGCGGACUAGAGCCUGCACGCUUGCAUUGCUGCAUGCUAGAUGGGUUUGUCGUUCAUGCCCAGCAGAGUUUUGGAAAGGGGAGGACUGUUGCCUUGAUGCAUGGCUUCACUGAAUAACUGACCGCGCUCUGCUGCUCUUGUCCAUCUCUGUAGCUGGGCUCCUGGUACAGCAUGGGAGAAGGCUCUUCAGCCUGCGUGGGGCUUUGAACAAGGUUCCGCCUGGUGCCAAGGGGGGGUCAACUGACCCUUUCCAAACCCUGCAGCUAAGCUGCUAUUUAUCCCUCUUUAGAUCUCUUUGUAGACUGGAGUUAGGGUUUGCAUUUGAGGGACAGGGAAUUCCCAGGCUAGGAGUAAUUCUGUUGUGGAAAGGGAUGUUGGCUGACAUUGGGAGGAGGUUGGGUUCGUCAGGGGUUUGAAGACGACGGCUUGCAUUUUCUCCCAGAGGGUGCUUUUCGUAGGCAGAAGGGAAGGGAAUGGCUUUAAAAUUUCUCUGACUGUAUUAUGGACUACUUCAGUCUAUAGGAUCCGGAUUCUGGGGCCCACGAGAUCCUCAUCCAACUUUUGAUUUUGGGGCAAAAUGGACCAGCGUCACAUUCCACUGAUGUCAUACUGCGUAAAUCAUAUUUAUUUUGUAUUUAUUUGAACAGAGUUAUGUCAAACUAUUUUUAUAGACUUGUUUAAACAUUGUUACGAUCCUUGUAUUUCUCCUAUUUAAAGUUGUGUAUUAUUUUCUUACCCAUUUGCACCUUUACCAUCACACAGCUCAGCAGCAGGGGAAGACGCUGAGGUCACUAGUGUUCUCUUCCCCUAAAGCUUGAGCUGCUCUUUUUAUAUCUGGGGUGGUUAUUGGAGGGCCUCAGUCAGUCAAGAGAAAUUCCCUGUAGCAAUAAGCCAUAGAAAAGAGGGGAACUGAUUAGCUAGAAAACAGUCCACUGUGCCAAGGGACACAGAAUGGUGUAUUUUGAGGCUUGCCUUACUCUGGAAUCGCCUCGCAUGUGUGUGAGGUGAGAGGAUUUCCUGUGGAUGGAUCAAGCUGGGGAAAUGGAAGUUCUGUGUAUGUUGGUGUCUCAACAGCUAAUUGAGAGAGGGUUGAUUUGGAAUUUUUGUGGGGGAGGUAAAAAAUCUCAGGGAUUUGAAAUAAAAAGACAAAAGUUGCCAGUUUUGAGAGAUGUGGAAGGAAACUUGCACUUGGACACAAGCUGCUGCAGUUCUGUUUGAGGGAGAGUGGGCAGGCCUACCUCUGAGUCCCAGUGGUCCUCACAAACACAUGCACUCUGGAGAAGUUUGGGUGUGGGAACGGGAAGGGCUUCAUUAGGCACUCCUGGCAGCUGCUCCUGGUGUGACAGGCUAGGGGUGUCUGGAGAACCUUCAGUCCUUAGGUACUCUCUUUGCUGUCUGUUCUUGCCGGAUGGAAAUCUAACUUCAUACCUGGAUUAGUGACAUGAUUUUUUUUUUCACCUCCCCCUUUGAGACCAGCUGUUAAUUCUGCAGUGGCUCCUUCCUACCAGUGUGGCCUAAUGGGAAUAUUCCGAAUACAAAAAUCAAUGCAAAAUGUGACUGUCUUUGUAAUUGUAACUGGAAGUUGUCAGAACACAAAUCUAACCAAUGAGAUUCCUCACGGAGGGAACAGUCUGCUAAUAAAGGUCUAUCAAAGCUA